CUUAUUAUUGUUUCAAUGGAAAAGUUCAAAGAGAAACUUUCUACCCUACGUGCUGAAGCCGAAGCCGCCAACCUGCGUGCGGAUGAACUGGAGGAGAAAGUCAAGCAAUACGAAACGGAGCAGUUACAAAAGGACCAUGAAUUAACGUCGCUGCAGGCCAAAGUCAAACUUUUGGAAGAACAAUUGGAAAAGGUAGAAAACGAUUUCAAAGAAUCCUCCUCCAGCUUCCGAGAAGCGGAUUUGCGUGUCGAACAACUGGAGAAGAAAUCAAGCAUGCUUGAGCAGACGCUGGAAGAAAUGGAAAAGAAGAAUGAAGAACUGAAUGAAAAGUACCAAGCUGCUCGAGCCGAAAUGGAUGAUCUUGAACGUCAACUUGAAGGAGUAUAAAUGACACUUUGGAAAUUUUAUUAUCUCAUCAAAAUAUCAAUUUGCGUUUCAAUUCGGUUUUGCAAAACUCUGACUGUAUAAGUAUCAUAAGCAUGAUGAUACGAUGGAUAUUUGUUGGUGAAUGAAUAACAUAUAACACAAGUGUGGAAAUUUUGAGCAAACCAAAAGCUCAUACGCGUUAGAUCGUUUUUGGACAAAUCAUUGGAUCCGAACUAGCUUCUUCAGGGUCCAUUUUUCAGGAGCACACUAGGUGAAUCAUUGAAUAAAAUAGGAACUUGAAUUUGAUGAUAUCUCUGGCCAGCAUCUCCAAGUGCCUUGUCAACGGAUAACACGAGUUGUAUCAAGGGAUCCAUUCUAUUGUAUACACAAGCAUAGCCGUCCAGAUACGAGUAUCUG